ACGUCAGCAGUAAAACCUGCUCCUCCUUGGUGUCUGUCCGUCGGAAAGUGAAGUGUGUUUGGCGUGCUAUUGGUAUCCGACUUUUUCCCCCCUCCUGUUGUCUGUCGUUCGUUUGAGUGUUUACUCGUUUUUCCGCUUCACUCGCGAGUUUUUUUUUUCGCCAACGUUUUCAGAGACCCCGUCCGGUCGACGAUUUAUGGGUUGUUUUAGAAAAGUUCCCGAAGUGCUCUUUGAGGAACCGGUGGACGGCGGACACCACCGGAGAUGGAUAAGCUAACCGAUAGCUGAGUUGUUAGCCGAGAAUCACGGGUCAAGAGUAGGAUCAAGCUAGCAUGCUAACAGCUAGCUAACUUAGCAUUUUAUCGGCUAGCCAAUUGACUUUGUUAACCUGUAACGUCAGAACUGCCGAGGGUUUUUUUUUCCUCCCCGGGCCUGGCUGCUACACACCGAACACCUCGUCACAGGCCAGCUAACCCAGGAAGAAGACGCGGUGUGUGUUUAAGGAAACAGCCAGAAAAGUAUUGUUGAGAGGCGGCGGUUGUUCGCUUCGCACCCCACACCAAGAGCAUGCUGUCCAACGCACAGAACCAACCACUGUUUCCCAACCCGGCGGGGCAGCAGAACCCGGCCGGGCAGCAGAACCCCACGGGCCAGUUCCUCCCCUUCCACGCCAGACCCAACUUACAGAUCAAGAAGAACGCCAUAACAGAUGACUACAAGGUAACCAGCCAGGUGCUGGGGCUGGGCAUCAAUGGCAAGGUGCUCGAAAUCUUCCAGAAGAAGACUGGAGACAAGUAUGCGCUGAAGAUGCUUCAGGAUUGUACCAAGGCCCGUAGAGAAGUGGAGCUUCACUGGAGGGCAUCACCUUGUUCCAACAUCGUGCGCAUCAUUGAUGUGUAUGAGAACCUCUAUCAGGGCAGGAAGUGUCUGCUUAUUGUCAUGGAGUGCAUGGAUGGUGGUGAGCUUUUUAGUCGAAUCCAGGACAGAGGAGACCAGGCCUUCACAGAGAGAGAGGCAUCUGACAUCAUGAAGAGCAUAGGAGAGGCCAUCCAGUUCUUACAUGCGAUCAACAUUGCACACAGAGACGUCAAGCCAGAGAAUUUACUUUAUUCCACGAAGAGGCCCAAUGCCCUGCUUAAACUCACAGACUUUGGCUUUGCCAAGGAGACCACUUCACAUAACUCUUUAGCUACUCCCUGCUACACACCCUACUAUGUUGCUCCAGAGGUUCUGGGCCCAGAGAAAUAUGAUAAGUCAUGUGACAUGUGGUCAUUGGGUGUCAUUAUGUAUAUCCUGUUGUGUGGGUACCCUCCAUUUUAUUCUAACCAUGGUCUAGCCAUCUCUCCUGGGAUGAAGAAAAGGAUCAGGAUGGGCCAGUAUGAGUUUCCCAACCCUGAAUGGUCUGAUGUAUCAGAGGAAGCUAAACAACUGAUUAGGACCCUCCUUAAGACCGAGCCAACACAAAGGAUGACCAUCACAGAGUUCAUGAAUCAUCCAUGGAUCAAUCAGUCGAUGGAGGUUCCCCAGACCCCACUUCACACCAGCCGGGUGCUAAAGGAAGAGAAGGAUGCAUGGGAGGAUGUCAAGGAGGAAAUGACCAGUGCCUUGGCAACAAUGAGGGUUGACUAUGAGCAAAUCAAGAUCAAGACCAUUGAGGACUCAUCCAAUCCACUGCUAACGAAACGGAGGAAGAAAGCCAAUAACACCAUGGCAGACCCGCAGUCUGCUGCCCACUGAAAGAUGCACGUAUGCAUGCACAUACAAACACAGGUUGUAAAAAGGAAGCAAUAAUUUGUCGACAUGAGUCGCAUUGCAUGGAUUUUCUCAGUGUUUUAUUUUUCAUGGCAAAUUCUAAUGUUUUGUAGAAGUGUUUGUUUUUAUUACUCUACCAUUUUAACAAGCGCACCACUCUGCUCUGACAGAGAGGGUGUUUAUCUGUGUUUUUACACCAGUGAAGAGAUUAUGAAUUCUAGAAAAGGAGAGGAGAGGGAAUCAGUGAGAUCUCCCUCCUCUUCUUUCCCAAAUAUCAGGUUGUGUAUUCAGAGGGUUCAAACGGUGGGAUAGGACAUGAAGCCUUAGCAUUAGCAGUAGUUCUGUUUCACCCCACAGCCCUGUUCUAGCUCUAGCCCCAAACCUGUGAAUGUUAAAUCAAACGGCUAUAUCCCAAAAAUAAAAGCAAGGGAAGGUUUCUUUUUACGUUAAUGCAAAGUAAGCAGAUGUAUUUUGAACUGACGAGUGGAAUGUAAGGACUCUGUCCCUGACUGUUGGAAUUAGCUGGGGAUGGUCACUCAUUUCUGGGACUUGACCUGGGAGUGUCUGUCAGGUUAGUUUUGUCUUUGUGAAUGUUGAACAGAGGCCUAUGCACUCACAAGGGCCGUGUGCCAUUCUGACAGAGCACCUCACUCGUGGCCCCUCUCUCCUACCUUUGAUCUACGCUUGUGUUUCAGGUACGUAGGUUUAGGUCAGAGACGGAUGCCACGCAACAUAAAACUGGCUCCAUCUUUCUCCUGCAUGUAGCUAAUAGGAGAGUAGGAGCCAACGGAUACUGUAUUUUUUCAUGGAUUUUAUGGACAUGUUAGUAUAGGCCUUACUGAGUGUUGCUAAAGCAGCCAAUUACUUUUAACCCCUACCUACCAUUCUGUUCAGGCUUUUACCAAUGUUAUGCUUCAGAAUAUAUAACAUUGCCAGAUUAUAUUUCAGGUUAAUGCUAUGCAGAUGUGUUUGUCAGCAUGAAGUACUGCUAGGACCUUUAGUGUCGAUUUCUGUUUGCAGAUGUGUUGGGAGAGAUGUUGAGCAAACAUAGGGAGUGUUUGUGUGUUUUUGUGUAAGCAGUAGCACCCUCUAAGGAAUGCAUGGUUUGGACAGACUGGUUUGAGCUCUGGGGGUCUUUCUGAAGCGAUCACUUUGCAUCACUGUUGGUUGCACCAGCUUACUGUAACUGUCAGGAGGCUCAGUGGACCUAAUCUGGUGACUUGCCAGUAUUCUCCAACACCCGUCCUCCACACUUCCUGGAGGAUUGUUAACAAGUAGAAAGUACUUACGAGCUGCUCCUGGUCCCGGAGCAGAAUCUGACAUACCACCAGCAAGCUGUCAUCACAUUUAUACAGAGUGUGAUGGUUGGUUCAUCUUCAGUGUUUUGUUUAUGCAACAGGACACUUCCCAGCUCACUUGGGAUUAUGAGAAAUGAUUGUGUUGAUUUUUUGUCAAUUUGGUUCACCUCACUUGUAAAAUCGCAUCCACAUUUUCCAUCACAUGGCACCUAUAAAUCUCUCACUGUAAAAAUGUUCAUUGAAUGUUUGUGACAAUGUUUGUUUUAUUUUGUUUUGUUUUGUUUUUUUUGUCCCUCUUGACACUCUUUUUGUAGUGGAAGCACAGAUGUGUAUGUCUUUUUUUUUUCUUGUCAUUAAGUCUGUUCAGCUCCACCCGCCGUACUUUUGUCUGCUUCAGCUUUGGAUUAAAAAACACAUUAAAAAAAAAA